AAAGGGCAGUCAUUUCGCUUUCAGUAUUUAGUUUUUCUUUACUUCUUGUUCCGGCUGUUGGCGAAUUACAUCAGUCAAAAUAAACUAGUUGUUUAGCUAUAUCAAAAAUCACCAUGAUGUGUUUAAAAGCCAUCGUGUUGGUAUCUACUAUUGUGUGUUUGAUAAACGCCGAAAUGAUACCACUGAAAGAACGAAUUUUUAAAUGCAAACUCCUCCAGUUAAAAAAACAUCAUUCUAUGCUAGAGAGUAUUUUCCCAUCAAUCGUGGCUUCUCCGGUCGAUUCUGCUGUUACCGGCGAGUAUAUCGUACCCGACGGAGUCACUACAGUUGGUACAGAUCCGGCCCCGGUUCCUACCGCAGUACCUAUAGCACCUCAUCAAGAAGAGCAGAACCCACCCCCUCAGGAAGUUCAGUAUCCGCAGCAGGAAGUUCAGCAUCCACCGCAGGAAGUUCAGUAUCCACCGCAGGAAGUUCAGCAUCCACCGCAGGAAGUUCAGUAUCCACCGCAGACAGUUCAGUAUCCAUCGCAACCGGAAAUCCAGUAUCCACUACAACCGGAAGUCCAGUACCCCGUGCCGCAACAAGAGGGACAGCCCACUGCAGCGCCCCCGCAGGAAGUGCAGAAUCCGCCACAGCAACGACCGCUGUAUCCACCGCAACACAACGUGCAGUAUUAUCCGCCUCAAAACGAAGGGCAAUAUUAUCAGCCGCAAAACGAAGGGCAAUAUUAUCAGCCGCAAAACGAGGGAGUGUAUUAUCCGCCGCCCAACUACCAGGGUUUUACUACCAACAACGUCCCAUAUAACUACCCCGUCUAUGGACAAAACGUACUGAGGUCCGUGAAAUCUCUCGACGGCCAAACGAAUAUGCUCCACCAACGUCCGUACAGAUUAAAUAUGUUGGUUAGAAAGCCGAUCACAUACUACAACGCUCCACCUGUGUACGAUCAGUACGCUGCUCCGCAAUAUAACUAUGUAUCACAAGCGCCAAGAACAGCUCAAGCCCUCACUGGAUCAAAGUCAAAAACGACUUAAUUAUAUUUUAUACUUGCCUCACGUCCAUUUUAUAUUUGUCAUAAUUAUUACAAUAAUUAUUGUAGCUUUUAGUAUUAUUAUACAAUAUACAUACAUACCUAUAUAGCAUGAUGGUAAAAUUGAAAAAAUAAAGAUGUGUUUCAAUGAUGACCAGGACAAUACAAUUAUUCAAUUAUUCUA